AUGCCAGCUUCCAACGGCAGCACGAGCAACAUGCACUCCAUUUCUGGCAUUGAGCGACCACUGCUGAAGCUGCGACAGAUCACCUUCUGGCUGCAAGAGGUCGAGAAUGGCGUCCAAUUACUGGGCCUUCACAUUUCUGGCGCAGGUGAGGAUUGGAACACUUGCGUGAAGAAGACCUUUAUUGAAGUUAGUGAGUUAAGGGAGUCGCCCCUGCGACGGCGCAGGGCCAACUCCUGGUGUACACAGAUAGCGUUGCCCAUGGAUAACGCCAGUCAACGCCAGAGCGACCAGGAGGAGAGCUUUGACGAUGCAAAGGACGCUGAAGAAAGUUGCAGUUCUACCCACGGUUCCCAGGGCUCGCGGGGUGCCUUCGAGCGGCCUUCCACUCCGCGGGGGAAGGCCAAGGGCCCUUCUGUGAGCUCACGUGGGCAGCAGCGAUGGUGGAUGGAAUUGAGCGAUUUGUGCCCCUUGUCUGGCUUUCCUAUUGCUCACUUGCCGUAUCCGCCGUUCAAGCUCCAGCUGGGCCGAGGCCAAGGCCACCAGUUUUUUGAUGGACAAUUCCUACUGCUUCACCUCCUCAGUAGCUUCAACUUUGAAGUUCGAGGAAAGCCUUUGAACGAGCAGGAGAUCCAGGCUUUAGAUCAACACGUGAAGAAGUGCAAGUUGAGUCCUCUUCGUCUUUCUCGCGCGCUGGAGCUGCUGUGCCUGGUGAGCCAAGGCAGUGCCGGUGCUAAACAGGAGAUGCAGGAGCUCCGCUCGAGAGCGACGAAGAAGCUUGGUACUUUGAAGCACAUUCAGCGUGCUCGCCUCCAACGAGGUGACUGUGCCACUCCGGCAGCUGUUGGGCCAGUCAGCAGGCCACGGCGUGCGGAGCGUGGAUGAGACGUGAGUUGGCUGUUAAACAGGCCUCCGUCUGGCAGUUUUGGGCCACCUGAGAUCGUCAGGAGAGGCAGAGGUUGCCCACCUUCACAAGCUAAUCACCUGAUUCUCAGGCUGCCGAAGCUCUUCUGUGAAGUUGCUAGGUUGGUAUUCUUCCUCCUGCUGACCAGAAUCACAAAAAGCCAUCUCGGGUUACUGGGUUUCCGG